AUGCAAGAUGCAGUACGCCCCAGCGAGCAGGCUGUACGUGCCAUGUAUGAACGAGGAUAUCGAAUAUGGUCCAAUAUUCGAGAUCUGGCGUCCGACAAUGACCCGCUUAUCAGCGACUGCAUCAAGAUCGAUCAAGUCUUCGCCAAUGUUGCUAUAAUUCGAGGAAUAUCAAUAUGGGCUGCUACAGGCGAUAUGAAUCAUAUACCGCAUUUUGAUCAAGAAGCCAUAUUUCAAGUAGUUUGGGACAAACCGACACAACUCAAGAUCGACCCAAGUCUUCAAAAUUUGAAUGCAGCUUCUGCGAAUGUUCUUGAUGGGCAGAAAGACCAUAUCUCAAUUCUUAUCCGUGCCUGGGCAUACAUCCUUUCAGCACGUUGGACAGAGUUGAUCCAUCCACGGGGCACAACUGGCUCGAAAAAAUCCUUGAAUCCUGGCGGUUCUUCCACAGUGGCUAAUAUUGGCGAAGUUGAAGACGAUGCUGCUCAAUGGUGGAGUGCUAUUCUGUCAAACGAUGGCGGCUGGGACGCAACUAUCCAGGGCCUUAACGGCAAACUCCUGUAUUCUCCGUGGUCCAUACGACCGCUGGACGGGCCAUUUACUAUCGCUGCGGAGAUCAUAACCAAAAGCUGUGCAACAGUGCGUACUCCUACAUCAUCAGCUGCCGCCUGUGGUUACUUGUCUGACUACUGUUCUCUCCAUCGGAUCGAAGAUCAGAAGCAGGCAGCCUUGAUGGCCGCUCUGCUAAUACCAGUUGCUAAAUACGAUGGUAGGUCUAUCGAGUUAUCAAGGCCAGUGUUGUCUUAUGGGAAAGAUAGGAGAGAAUCCAGCUGCAGCAAGCCAUAUCUCAUAGAUGGCUGCAAUCCAAGGGGGAUGAAAGCACUCCUAUGCAGCAUCUUUUACGAACCCGAUGUUGAAUGCAACGUAUGUGGUAUUUGGUCACAAGGUUCCUUUGCAUUCUUGAACCAGUUAAGCGAUGGCAAGGCUCUUUUACGAACCCUCAUCAGACGCGAUCCGGGCAUUGGUGCCCUUUGGGUCGGUGCCUUUAUGACAGGUGCCCACCACAAAUGUUUGCGAAGGGCUCAAGCAGCUUGGCGGGAUAUAGACCUCAACGUAGCAGCCUGGACGGACACGUCCAUGUCUUUCAUUCAAGAACCGAUCUCGGCUUCUGCAGGCCUGGAAGGUCAAGUUUCUCGUGCAGACGAAUGUCGUUUACUAUACCUGAGCCACAGCAGUUCCUAUACCAGCUCUCCCAUUGUUGCCUUUCAACCAUCUGGGUUCACAAGGCUGAGUGAUACUAACUUGGAUGUCCGUGAGCAUGUGCUUUGUGGAAAAGAUCACCGUCUUGUGUUUAUCAGAUUUGCAUGGGUAUCUACGGACCAAGCAACGAGGAAGCAAGGCUCCCAAACUGCGACAUCGUUUCGCUUGAAGUGUAGUCCAACGAUCAAGCUUGACGGGAUCGCUGAUAUUGAUUACGACGAUAUUGAUUCGGAGGAUGAAGACUCAGAGAUGGUAACACGGAACAUAUUCACAUGGCUACGGGGAGAGAAUGGAUUCCCUGUGGCUGAAAAGGAAAUUCGAGAGCAUCCUUGGAUUGAUAAUUUGGAGGAUGACGACGACGGUGACGUUCCCGAUAAAAGCUAUGCCGGCUCUAUAACAGGGAUUACAGGUGUUAGUAGAUGGUUGUUGAAAGCAUCAACUCAAAGAUCAAACUCAAUAUGA